CAUCAACAACUCAAUCUAUCAUCUCGCUCUGUGGUUUGAUCUCGAAGCCAGCCCCACUCUACUCUCGCGCGCGAGUUGAAUCGGCAAGUUGUCAUCGACUUCGCAACGCGCGCAUACCAAGCAAGCCCACAUCACAACAUGCCCGAACAAGACGCGACUACAGCAGGUGCGGCGCAGGAGCAGACCAAGAGCUUACCCCGCUAUUUUCGAAACGAUGCGUCGUUGGGCCGGCGAGACGCUCACAAGCAGCUGCUAGCGUCACUAGAUCGACUUAUCACGGAUUAUCCACCGCACAAGAUUCCGCCCGGCGGUGGUCUUUAUUACGGUCCCAUAUCUGUGGCCUACCUUUUCUACGCUCUUCACAACGAGUACCCAGAUCUGAAGCUGGACGACUAUCCGUUGAAUACCUGGUCCGCAGCAUACAUCGAGCAGGCACAGGCAAAUAUCAAGCAGUUCCCGCCACCAUCACCGAGUAAAUGCGGUGUUUCAAACGACAUCAUGUCAUUAUUGGCUCUGUACGCCGUGACUGCGAAAGACAAAGAUACCGUCAGGGAACUCUGUGAUCAUGCGGCUGUGCUGAUUGAGCCCGAAGCGGCCAACGAGUGGUUGUACGGGCGCGCUGGCUACUUAUACCUGUUGCGGCUGGUCCGUGGGGCUUUCAAAGAUAGCAAGGAGAUCACCGAGCUUAUAGAGGACACAGCUGACGAGGUUAUUGCGAACAUCGUGGAUAGUCCUCGGCCAUGGAAGUGGCAUGGCAAGGCUUACGUUGGAGCGGUGCAUGGCGCGAUCGGAAUCAUUACCCAAAUUGUUCUCACAGACAGUUCAUGGGCGCCCAAACUUCAGGCGGAGCUGACAGUUCUUCUCAGCUAUCAGUAUGAGAGUGGUAACUUUCCAUCAUCACUCCCGCCAGGCAAGGAUCGUCUCGUCCAAGUCUGCCAUGGUGCACCCGGAGUUGUUUCAUCGCUACUCGCUAUUCGGACAUACUUCCCCGAUCUCGUGGAUCGUAUAGACAAGGUUGUAUCAAAAGCCCGGAAUUGCAUCUGGGAGCGAGGUUUGCUGACUAAGGAGCCUUGUUUGUGCCAUGGAAUUACAGGCAAUGCUUUGGCCCUGGAAGGAGAACAAUUCGAGCAUUUCAUGACCUACACAACAGGUCAUGAGAUCAAGGGUAUGGCGAAGGACCACAUGCUAGAGAAGUCUGAUGAUCCGUCAGCGUUAUGGUGUGGUGAGGCUGGAAGGGCUUGGGCGUGGGCAGUCGCAGACAAGGGACUAGCGAAACGACUACUUGGCUACAACGACAUCUGAACCUACCAUGAUGACACGACCAAACGGAUAGAAUGACAUGACAAUCGGGUGUGAAGAGACAGCUAUGCAUGCGAUCUUUCGUCUGACAUAGGUACACCUCGGCCGAUUGCAUGCACAUGGCGGAUCUCCUUUAGAUGGUUUCGCAGUGUGUCUAUGGGUUUUCUUAAAACUGGCUAUUUGCAACGUAGCACGUACGACUUCGGGUAUCUUCCGCAAGUAUGACUUCCGCUU